UUCUGGGUUUGCGUAGUGUUUGCCUUUCGUUCUCUCUCUCUCUCUUUCUCUCUCGCUCGCCGAUCCGGGUCGGCGUUGCUCCGAAGAUCUUCAGGCCUUCGUUUCGCGUAUAUUUCGAUUGAGAAUUCUCAUCGAUCUCUCUAUCGGUGGAGUUCUUCCGAUCGCUCUUCUAGGAGGUUUUACUAAUUUGCCUUGACAAGAAGGGAAGAGGUUGGCGCAAGAACCAGCAAAGUAGUUGUUCGUUGGUACAUGCAUUGAAUUCAAGAUGAUAGGAUCUUUUCUUAGUAGAGCCCUGGUAACGAUCCUUGGAUAUGUUUACCCGGCAUAUGAAUGCUACAAAACUGUGGAGCUUAACCGGCCAGAGAUUGAGCAGCUGCGCUUUUGGUGUCAAUAUUGGAUUUUGGUUGCCACACUUUCGGCGUUGGAGAGGGUUGGAGAUGCUUUCAUUUCCUGGCUGCCAAUGUAUAGCGAAGCUAAAUUGGCAUUCUUUGUUUACCUGUGGUACCCUAAGACCAGGGGAACUACUUAUGUGUACAACACAUUCUUUCGGCCUUACAUUGCAAACUAUGAGACUGAAAUUGAUAGGAACUUGCUUGAGUUAAGAACAAGAGCUGGGGACAUUCUUGUUCUCUAUUGGAAAAAGAGUGCUAGUUACGUGCAGGCGAGAUUUUUUGAGAUAUUACAAUAUGUUGCUUCACAAUCACGGUCACAAACUCCAGCCUCUCAGCCUGUUCAGCAACGUCAGCAGAGUACCCAGACACCAGCCACAACAGCAACUGCUAAUGUUCAAACAGCACCUUCCUCGCAACAACUGACACGAAUUCCUGCCAUCUCCGCCAAGGUUCAGCUGCAGCCACAAGCACCUGUUAAGCCUGGUGCUUCCUCCACCGCAGCUCCGACUGUUCUUCAGCCACUUAAGCCUGGCGCUCCUGCUGCUGCAGCUCCGACUGCUCAGCCACAGAACUUGUCAGUAGGAAUCCCUCAUUCAACUUCAGAAAAUGUUGCCGAUCCUGCUCCAGGUGAAGCAGAAGUGAUGCAGAUAGUUGAGAUUGAUGAAGUUGAGUCAGCUAAUGCUACUCCACAAGAAGCUGCCAUCGAAGAGGCAAUUCGUUUGACUAGAGGCAGGUUAAGAAAACGGGCUACAAAUGCUGGACCUGCAGGCCGUUAGUUGUGCUUCUCUUCCUUGUUCGCUCGAUUU